CACACGCGCCACUUGUACACGGAGGUGCGCGUGAACGACGAAGCGACGAUUUCGUCAAAACUCACGACUUAUAGAAGCAUUCAGGCCAUCAAGACCCGCUGCAUCAUGGCAGAUGAUCUGGACAUUGAGGCGAUGCUGGAGGCGCCGUUCCGAAAGACUUGCCUAACGAUUUCUCACCUCUACUCCCCUGAAUGCCACUGUGAACUGUCAGAAACUUGAAGGGCCCUCAGGAGACCCAGACACACCGCUGAAGACGGCCCCCCCCCACUGCCGGAGCUCCAAGCUGGGCCGAAGCCUAAACUCUAGCCUGGGGGACCGACUCUGGGCCUUAGACACUAGACAUGACCAGACUAUGACAGCCCCCACCCCUCCCAUCCCCCCUGACUUUAAGAGACCAGACCUCUAAAAGAACAAUGUUGACUACAGUUGAUUAAAUUAUGUCUAUAUUCUCUUCCCCCACCCUGACAACGUUGCGUCGGUUCGCCCUCAUCCUGUUCUCUCGACCUGCAGGAAGAGCCCAAGAACAUCAUCUCCCCGAGACAUGAAGAACACAGCAAGAAGAAGAAGCGCAGUCGGAGUCGGGACAAGAAGAGGAGCAAGAGCCGCGAGAGGAAGAAGAGCCAUGACAGAAAACGCCGCCGCAGCCGCGAACACAAGCGCAGUCGGUCCAGGAGCCGGGAGCGCAGCGGCCGCUACCGCGACCACCACAAGGCCAGCGUGCGAAAGAGGUCCAAGAGUAAGAGUCCCGUGAAGAAGGAGCGGUCGAGUCCAGUCAGGCAGCCCAUAGACAACCUGACCCCAGAGGAGCGGGACUCCAGGACCGUGUUUUGUAUGCAGCUGGCUGCCAGGAUACGACCCCGCGACCUGGAAGAAUUCUUCUCUGCUGUGGGCAAGGUACGAGAUGUGCGGAUGAUCUCUGACAGGAACUCCCGCAGGUCAAAGGGCAUCGCCUACAUAGAGUUCGUGGAGGCCAACUCCGUUCCUCUGGCCAUCGGCCUCUCCGGUCAAAGACUGCUGGGAGUUCCCAUCAUAGUGCAGGCCUCCCAGGCGGAGAAGAACCGGGCGGCGGCGCUCGCCAACAACCUGCAGAAGGGCAACGCGGGCCCCAUGAGGCUCUACGUCGGCUCGCUGCACUUCAACAUCACCGAGGAGAUGCUGCGCGGGAUCUUUGAGCCUUUUGGACGGAUUGAGAGCAUUCAGCUGAUGAUGGACAGUGAAACAGCGCGCUCGAAAGGCUAUGGCUUCAUUACGUUUGCAGACGCAGAGUGCGCUAAGAAGGCGCUGGAGCAGCUGAACGGGUUCGAGCUGGCCGGGAGGCCCAUGAAGGUGGGUCACGUGACGGAGAGGAGCGACUCCUCCAGCGCCUCGUCCUUCCUGGACUCUGACGAGCUGGAGCGCACCGGCAUCGACCUCGGGACCACGGGACGCCUGCAGCUCAUGGCCCGCCUGGCCGAAGGUACCGGUAUGCAGAUCCCCCCCGCUGCUCAGCAGGCUCUACAGAUGAGUGGCGCCAUCGCUAUCGGGGCCAUGGCUGCUGUCUCAGCGGCCAUGAAUCCAGGGAUGAACCACGGGAUGAACCAACAGAUGAACCACGGCAUGAACCAACAGAUGAACCACGGCAUGAACCAACAGAUGAACCACGGGAUGAAUCAAAGCAUGAACCACGCGAUGAACAUGAACGCGGCCACGAUGAACCUGCCCUCCCAGCCUCUGGCCACACAUUGCUUCCAGCUGUCCAACAUGUUCAACGGCAACACUGAGGAGGCUCCUGGGUGGGACAUGGACAUCCAGCAUGAUGUCAUCGAGGAAUGUAACAAACAUGGAGGAGUCAUCCACAUCUACGUCGAUAAAAACUCUCCUGAGGGAAAUGUCUACGUCAAAUGUCCCACCAUUCCUUCUGCCAUGGCUGCUGUCAACGCUCUUCAUGGGAGAUACUUCGCAGGGAAGAUGAUCACGGCGGCCUACGUUCCUCUGCCAACCUAUCACAACCUGUUCCCUGACUCGGUCACCGCCAACCAGCUACUAAUCCCCCCUCCACGCCGGUGAUUCAGCUGCCAAUCAUCCCACCUCUAUCGACUGAUUGGACACUGGAGCGAAUAUCCCGGUUUUUGUUCUCUUAUUGGUUUAGGUGUUGAUGGACGCUCCCUGGAUGGUUUCUGGUUGAAUUGACUGAAUCCUUUGUCCUCUAUUUUUAUAAUGUCAACGAGCCAAUAGCUGGAGCAGAUGCUAGCCGGGAGGGGCGGGAUCCCAUGUUAGGGGCGGGGUUAAACGCAAGGGGGCUUUGCUUCUCCGUGACCAGGCUCCAGGAUUGGACGCUGUCUCAUGGAAUAGUUUGUGAUUGGUUGAAGCCAUUUGGUAUUUACAGUUUUUUAAUCAAGAUUUGAUUUUGUAAAGUUCUUGAUUCAAUUUUAUUUUAAAUUUUGUCUGUGUUAUAAUAAAAGAUAAAACAACU